AUGAAUCCCCAUCAGCAAAACAAGGUCGAUAUCAGCGCCCUGAGCCCGGACGAGCAACGACUCUUCCGGCUCUAUGGCAAAAUGCCUACGAAGAAAGAUCUGCUGCAGAAUAAGUUGAAAGAACGAAAAUACUUCGACUCAGGCGACUAUGCCCUCAGCAAAGCUGGCAAGGCCUCUGACGUUGGCGUCACGAGCAUCGGAUCCCGCCAUCCUCUCCCAGAAAACAUCCCACACCUAACUGCCACCUCCCCCCCGCAGACCAGCACCAUUCCCAGCUCCUUAAGCAAUGGACAACACUCCACCCUACCGCACCAGGGUAUCUCGAACAAUGGUUUCCACCUCUCUAGUCUCAGUCACAGUCCCGUGAAGGAGAGCAGCUUCCUACAGCGGGAAACUAGCUUUGAUGAUGAGCCCGAGCACGAGGGGAAGGGGAAUGGGAAAGGGGCGACUUCUAAAUCUCCGGAUGCAAAGGGUUCUGCUUCUGCUAAGGCCCAAGGAGACUCCGUGGGUGUUAGCCCCCCACAGCAUAAGGAGGGACUGCCUAUACGGCGAUGA